AUGGAUCGGGCUGCUCUCCCCUGCUGCAGAGGCGCCGCGGUGCUGAUACUUCUGAUCUUCCUGCCGUUGAGCGCAUCCGAUGACCGGCUUGUCCCCGGCGAACCACUCUCUCCUGGCUCCACAAUCGUCUCCGAUGGUGGUGCUUUUGCCUUGGGCUUCUUCGCCCCCUCCGACUCCACUCCGGCCAAGCUAUACCUUGGCAUAUGGUACAACAACAUUCCUGGUCUCACCGUCGUGUGGGUCGCCAACCGAGAAACUCCGGCCAUCAACACCGCACCCUCAGCACCGACCCUCUCCCUCAACAACACCUCCAAUCUCGUCAUAUCCGACGGUGACGAUGGCAGCCGUGUCGUCUGGGCAACAGCCAACAUGGGAGCCGCUGCCUCAGGCUCGUCUCCCCCGACGGCAGUGCUUCUGAAUACGGGCAACCUCGUGGUCCGGUCGUCAAACGGCACCAUUCUAUGGCAGAGUUUCGACCACCAAACCGACACAUUCCUUCCUGGGAUGAAGCUCGGGAUAAAGUACAACACGCAUGGCGAUAGGGACGAACGCCUGGUAUCCUGGAAGGGCCCCGGCGACCCCUCGCCGGGGCGCUUCUCCUACGGCGCUGACCCGGUGACGUUCCUCCAAUUAUUCCUCUGGGAUGGGGAGCAGCCAGUGGCCCGCAGUGCCCCGUGGACGGGGUACUCGGUUAGUGGUGACUACCUUACGGGGAACAUUAGCACGGAGCUCGUCAUCUACCAGGCUGUCGUCGACAACGACGAUGAGAUCUACGUCACCUACAGCCUCUCCGACGGCGCCCCUAACACCAGGUAUGUGCUCACCCACUCCGGUGAGUUCCAAAUCCAGAGCUGGAGCCGCAACACAUCGGCGUGGGUAGUCCUUGGGAAGUGGCCGUCCCAUGAAUGCAACCGCUAUGGAUACUGUGGCACGUACGGCUACUGUGAUGAGACGGACUCGCCUGUGUACACGUGCAAGUGCCUUGACGGCUUCGAGCCGGCGAGCGAGGAGGAGUGGGCUGGCGGCAAUUUCUCUGCGGGGUGUCGGCGGAAGGAGCAGCUGCGAGGGUGUGGCGAUGGCUUCUUAGCACUGCCAGGGAUGAUGUCCCCAGACAAGUUUGAGCUCGUCGGCGGCAAGGAUAUAAAUACAUUCGGUGAGUGCACGGCGGAGUGCAGCCGCAACUGCUCCUGCAUGGCAUAUGCCUAUGCCAACUUAAGCAGCGGAAGUACCGGAAGAGGCAGGACGAUGUGCUUGGUGUGGGCUGGAGAGUUGGUCGACACGGGGAAGAUUGGCACGGUGCUUGGUAGCGACACACUUUAUCUCCGUCUUGCCGGCCUUGAUGCUGCAGCUGGUAAAAGUACAAAGAGCAAUAAAAUAAGGAUUGUACUGCCAGUUUUAGGCGGUAUUUGUGUUCUCCUACUCAUAAGCUUCUGCCUCGCAUGGUUAAAAUACAAAGGUAAAAACAAAAGAUGGAGAAAGCACAUGAGUAUUUGGUUGGAUGAUAUGAGUACCACCGAUCAACGUGGGGAAGAAAACCCUCCCCAUGGUGAUGAAUUUCCAUCUUUCAGAUUCAAACAAAUUUCCCUCGCAACACACAAUUUCUCUGAAACAUGCAUGAUCGGACGGGGAGGGUUUGGCAAAGUUUACAAGGGAAUAUUAGGUGGUCAAGCAGUUGCCGUGAAGAGGCUAAGUAAGGAUUCUCAACAAGGAACAAAGGAAUUCAAGAAUGAAGUAAUUCUAAUAGCCAAAUUGCAACACAGAAACUUGGUUCGUCUUCUUGGAUGUUGUGCCGAGGGAGGAGAAAAGCUACUGAUUUAUGAGUAUCUGCCUAAUAAGAGCUUAGAUGCCACAAUUUUUGAUGAUUCAAGAAAAUUGUUGUUGGAUUGGACAAAACGGUUUAAUAUAAUAAAAGGAGUCGCUAAGGGACUUCUCUACCUCCACCAAGAUUCAAGACUGACAAUAAUUCAUAGAGAUCUCAAAGCUGGAAAUGUUUUGCUAGAUGCAGAGAUGAAACCUAAGAUAGCAGACUUUGGUAUGGCCAGGAUCAUCGUUGAUAACCAACAAAGUGCAAAUACCCAACGGGUUGUCGGAACAUAUGGAUACAUGGCUCCUGAGUAUGCAAUGGAAGGUCUCUUCUCUACCAAAUCUGAUGUCUACAGCUUUGGCGUGCUACUACUAGAGGUUGUGACUGGUAUAAGGAGAAGCUCAAAUAGUCAAACUAUGGGCUUCCCAAGCCUCACAGUCUAUUCAUGGAAUAUGUGGAACGAAGGGAAGACUGAGGAUUUGCCGGACUCAUCUAUUAUGGAUAACUGUUCACCAGAUGAAGUUUUGCUUUGCGUCCAUGUAGCACUCUUAUGUGUCCAGGAGAACCCCGAUGACAGACCACAUAUGUCAUUUAUUGUGUUCCUCCUAGAGAAUGGAAGUACUUCACUUCCGCCCCCCAAUUGCCCCGCCUACUUUGCGCGACAAGGUGCUCAGAUGGAGCAAAACAGAAAUGAUAUUCCGACUUUGACAAAUAGUUUUACACUUACCGAGAUAGAGGGGCGAUGA